CCUGCACGGCUCGUGUCCAUGCUGUUCUUUUAGUGGACACUCCCCCAUCUUGGCUCACACACCCUCCCUGUAAAGACAGAGGGACUGCAGUCCUACCACAAGCUGUUGACACCGGACAACUCUCCUGCCAGGGUGGAGAGGUUGUCUGUGAGAGAAGAGCAGAGGAGGGUUCCAGGCACGGAAUAUCCUCCACUCCCUCAUUAUCAUCAUGGGGGCUGUCAUUUCACGGUGGAAGGCUAAACCAUCCACUGUGGAGAUUUUGGAAGGAAUCGAUAAGGAUAUCCAGACUCUUGAAGAAUACAGUGAGAAGUAUCAGAGGCAGUUGAAGAUAUGGGUCGGACGACUGCUUCUGUAUUCAUCUCUUCUCUACCUGAUCACAUGUGUAGUUGUGUAUUUCUGGUACCUGCCUGAACAGAUGAUGGGACGGCUCAUAUUGUCUCUUCCCUUUGUAAUAUUUCCACUAUUAGUUUGGUUACUUCGAAAAAUGCUCAUAAUUAUUUUUUCACGAAGGACUGAAAAAAAUAAUGAGAAAUUAGAGGAUCUUAAAGCACAAAAAAGGAAAAUACUUGAAGAGGUUAUGGAGACUGAGACAUAUAAAAAUGCUAAAAUGAUUCUGGAGAGAUUUGAUCCUGAUUCCAAGAAGAAAAUGGAGCUUGAAUCCACUCCUAUUGGUCCUCAGAUGACUCCAAAACCAGGACAAGAGCUCCGCCAGCGUAACGUCAUCCCAAAGACCCCUUCAGUGGUUGUGAAUCCUGCGAGUGGAGUUGCUGCCCGCCCUCCUCUUGCCUCUGGGCCCACCUAUCCUGGACGAUCUUCCCACUCUGCUCCAGGUGGACCCCCAGAGAGGAGCCUGUCGGCUAUAGCUGCUCAGCAGAGCUUGAUGAGGAAGCCUGUGACCCCUGGAACACCUGUUCUAGGAGUCGGGAUGCAUCCCCCAGGCCCGCCCCUGGCCAGACCCGUGCUCCCAAGGGAAAGAGGUGCUAUGGACAGAGUUAUUGAGUAUCUUGUUGGAGAUGGCCCUCAGAACAGAUACGCUCUCAUAUGUCAGCAGUGUUUGUCUCAUAACGGCAUGACAUUAAAAGAGGAAUUUGAAUAUGUUGCCUUCAGAUGUGCGUAUUGUUACUUCUUGAACCCCGCAAGAAAGACCAGGCCUCAGGCACCCAGACUCCCCGAGGUCACUGGCGAACUGAAGCUGUCAUCUGAUGCACCCAUGCCGUCGUCUGUGGCUGACGAAGAUGACGAGCAAUCUGUUUUAGGGAAGGCCAAGCUUGCUGAUGUGUCUGCAGAAACAGACACCCAAGAGCCAGGCACACCAACAACCACAGAGCCCAGCUCUGCGUCAGACGGCCAAACCACGCCAGAGUCACAAGAUCUGCCCGCAGAGAAAUCUGACGGAGAGCAGGAUUUGUCUGCCAUGGAGGUGGAAUGAAACAGCGGAGCAGUGAUUUCAAACACAAGUCAGGCUGGAACUUUUAUUUUUUCUUUAGGGAUAACUUGUAAGUAAACGCCUUGAGUUGGAAUAACACAGCAAACAAGUCAGCAGCUGAUGUGGUUUUCAGCUUACAGUACAGAAUGUCCUUUCUUGUGAGAAUUGUUUUUAUAGUUCUAGCAUUAGCAAUGUAUUGAAUAUUAAGUUGUAUAUCACUAGCUUUUGGUAGCACCGCCAAACAAACCUCCUUCGCAGUAUGAUAAUGUCCAGCACAUUUUCAUAACAUUGUAUUCAUAGCGAUAAGGCUUAUGUUUGUUCAUUUUUUUAUGUUAUACAGGAAAAGUCUUUUGCUGUGUUUUCUUUAUUUUCCAUGAUUUAUUUGUUCUUGCCUGACUAUUCUAUCUGGGUUAAUUGGAAACUGUGGCGACAAAAAAAAAUAUUUUGUGCGAAAAUAAAUUUUUAUUUAUGGGAAAUUAUUUAUAAUAUUUUUCUAUAAUGCUGUGCCUUUCAUGACAGUGUUAACUAAGGUACUUUGCAGCACGGUGGUGCUAACAUGUUUACACAACCAUGGUACCAGAAUAGGAAUAUACAUACAGUAUGUAUUUAUUGCUUAAAGGAAGGAAAGGAGAUUUAUGUCACUACUGUGCACCUGCCCCAAGUGUCUUUUAUAUUUUAAGUCUGCCUCAGAGUAUUGUCAAUAAAACCUAUUUACAUAUAGACAGUAAAGUCAUUUAGCUGUUUACAGAUAUGUGUUUGCUGAAUGUCUGAAUCCUUGCUCUGUAUGAAUAAUACUAAAUAAACUUUUGAAAAUAUCUGUGUACUUG